AUGGUGUGCGACACCUUGGUCUAUCAUCCCUCUAUCACCAGGCUUGUGAGCCUUUUGGACACCAGUGCUGGCAGAGAGAAGGUGCUGCGUUUGUUGCAGUAUCUGUGCCGAUUUUUGGGAUACCAAUACUCGUCAAUCCUGGCCAAAAAGCUUCAGAUGGAGUUCACGACAGUGCGAAAGAUACUACGGUUCCUAAAACCCCUGAACCAUCUCCAAUUGGCGUCCAAAUUCUACGACAACAAGAUCUCCAACGACAACGUGGUACGCUGGUGCAACGUGCUCAAGAACCUGGCGUACGCAGGAUAUCUGGGCCUGGACCAGAUCAACUUGCUGCGCAUCCUGAAACUGUUGCCCGUGACUAAAGUCACCGGGGUCCAGGUACCACGCUGGGCCAAUUGGUGCUGGUUUGCCGGACUGGUCAGCGGCCUUGUUUUGGACUUGCGAAAGCUACAAGUAUCGCAGGACCGCAUCAAACUUCUGAUCACUGACCACGAAGAGAAGGAAUCCGCCGCUGUGCAGCUCGCCAAGCUUUAUGAGGAGCGCGCCGCGGCGCUCAAGAGACUACUCUGGGAUAGUCUCGAUACCUUUAUCGUGUUGAACAAUUUGCAGUUCUUGAAGUCGCCUGACGGGUCGAUCGGCUUGGCCGGAGUUGCGACCUCUCUGUUCGGACUACAAGGUCUAUGGGAGGCCGCCUGA